AUGGCGACCAAGACCUUGGAAGCUCGUUUCGAGCACCUCUCUGUUAAGGAUGAUGCCGGAAGCGGAAAUAAAUCAGCCGGCUAUCCUAAGCACAAGAGUUCGCUAUCAACCGCUGUAUCCCUUUCCGGACUUGGGGUCACAGGACAGCUCACAAGCGGUGCGAAUCGGUCGAAUUUGCUCAAGCUGGCCUUGCAAAACACAAAUGACAAUAAGGUCAACUCCAUGAACGUGCCUCAGUCUCCCGGGAAAACCACUCAGAACCCUUCAUCGCUACGUAGCCUAGACGAAAAUGGAGAUUAUGAGCAGCCAGCACCCAGAAAGCUACACCUCGGAAUGUUCGAGAUUGGGAAGCCUUUGGGAAAGGGAAAGUUCGGCCGAGUGUAUCUCGCCAAAGAACGCUCAUCCGGUUUUGUAUGUGCACUGAAGGUUUUGCAUAAGUCUGAAUUACAACAAGGCGGAGUCCAAAAGCAGGUCAGACGGGAAAUUGAAAUUCAGAGUAACCUACGUCAUCCGAAUGUUCUUAGACUUUACGGUCAUUUUCAGGACAGCAAACGAAUCUUCCUUAUUCUGGAGUUCGCAGGUCGAGGGGAGCUGUAUAAGCACCUACGGAAGGAGCACCGGUUUCCUGAGUGGAAAGCUGCUCAUUACAUUGCACAGAUGGCCUCUGCAUUGAAGUAUCUUCACAAGAAGCACGUUAUGCAUCGGGAUAUCAAGCCAGAGAAUAUUCUGGUGGGUAUACACGGCGAGAUCAAAAUCAGUGAUUUUGGCUGGAGUGUCCAUGCACCGAACAAUCGUCGGCAAACAAUGUGUGGGACGCUUGACUACCUGCCUCCCGAGAUGCUCAACUCUAACCCACAGGGCAAUUUUUACAAUGAGAAGGUCGACUUGUGGAGUUUGGGUGUUCUAACCUACGAAUUUCUUGUCGGAGAAGCGCCUUUCGAAGACACCCCAGUUAUGACGCAAAGAAGGAUUCAACGAGGAGACAUGCAAGUUCCUUCGUUCGUGAGCCCCGAGGCUCGGGAUUUGAUCAGAAGACUGCUCGUGCUUGAUCCCGAGAAACGGAUUUCACUUGACGAGAUCCAGAAGCAUCCCUGGAUUCUCAAACAUUGCGCAAAAGAUGACCGGAGCAUUAAACGGAGCUCGGGUUCGUCAAAGGACGGCAAAGCAUGA